AUGUCGAUAUUCACUUUUGCUAUUGAGCUGUGGGGUUGUGCAUACGACGGUAAAUAUUUGAACCAAAUAGAUAAAUUCAUUAAACGUGCACAUAAGAAUGGUUAUAUAUCAAAACGAACACACAUUAAAGAAAUACGUGAUAAGAGAGAUAAGAAACUGUGGAACAAAAUAACAUCAACUGAGGACAAUGCACUGCUUGAACUGCUGCCGGAAAAAAGAAGUAGGUUACUUAGGCCUAGAGGGCAUGA